AAAAUUCUCAAAAAAAUGGCAUUGCCUAAUAAUAUUGGAGACGAAACUAGUGAAGUCAUUGCUACUCAAGCACACAUAUUGAACCAUGUGUUGAAUUACGUCAUUUCUAUGUCAAUCAAAUGUGCAAUUCAGCUCGAAAUUCCAGAUAUCAUUUAUAGCCAUGGUCGAGCCAUGACUCUAUCCAAUUUAUUGAAUGCUCUCCCUAUCAACAAAUUAAAAGGUCAUGAUUGUAUUUAUCGUCUCAUGCGUAUUCUAAUUCAUGCUGGCUUCUUUAUUCAAGGAGAAGAAGGUUAUUUACUUACUCCAACUUCACGUCUUCUUCUUAAAAAUGAGCCGUUGAGUCUAGCCCUGUUUGUUCAAGCACAAUUGGAUCCAAUUUUAAUGGAUCUGUGGCACUCACUCAGUGAAUGGUUCACGAACGGGGACUCUACCCAGUUCGCGACUACUCAUGGGAAGUCGUUGUUUGAAUAUGCAGGGGAUGACCCAAGGGUUAACCGUUUAUUGAACGAAGUUAUGGGUAGUGAUGCCCGAUUGAUCAUUAGUGUGUUGAUAAAAAAUGGUAAGGGAGUUUUUGAAGGAUUGAAAUCGUUGGUAGACGUUGGAGGCGGCACUGGAACUGUGGCUAAAGCCAUUUCUAAUGCAUUUCCAGAAUUGAAAUGCUCUGUUUUCGAUCUGCCCCAUGUGGUUGAAGGCUUGGAAGGGGGAAACAACUUGAGCUACAUUAGUGGAGAUAUGUUUAAGUAUGUUCCUUCUGCUCAUGCAAUUUUGCUAAAGUGGAUAUUACAUGAUUGGAGCGACGAAGACUGUGUGAAAAUAUUGAAGAAAUGUAAAGAAGCAAUUCCAAGUAAGGAAAAUGGAGGAAAGGUGAUUGUGAUUGACAUUGUGAUUGAUAACGAGAAAAGAGAUAACAAAUCAUUCGAAACUCAAUUGUUUUCAGAUGUACUGAUGAUGGUUCAUGUUUCUGGAAAAGAAAGAAAUGAACAAGAAUGGGCAAAACUCUUCUCUGAUUUUGGAUUUAGUCACUACAAGAUUAGUCAUAUCUUGGGAUUAAGGUCUGUUAUUGAGGUUUACCCCUAA